AUGUCGACCAUCUCUACGCAGCUUCGCAACUUCAAGGAGCCGACAAAGGAGCAGCUCACGCAGCUGUUCUUCGCGCUCCCGCCCCCACUGGACCCACUGGAAGGCGAGAAGAGCGAUGUAGACCAGCUGGAGAAAAUGGAGAUCAGUGCAGUGCUGGUGUUGCAGGACGAGCAGUCAUGGCCCGGGAAACUCUACCUCUACCCGCCAUAUCUUGCUUUCGCAUCUCUCGACCGCAAGUCGACGCGUUUCACGGUCCCGCUAAGCACAAUCAGGCGGGUGGAGCGGCUGAAUGCGCGGGCGGGAGUGUAUGCGCUCAGUCUGUCACUAUGGCAUGGCGUGAAGAUAGUCGUGCAGUUGACCUCAUUGCGACCGACCGCGGACCUGUUCUGUUCGCUUUUGCGCGACUCGCUGAAGGUCGAGCUGACCCGCGGCCGGAUGAAGUCUGUGAAGUCUUUCGUGAAGUCGUGCUACUCCGAGGUGUUGGUAAUGACAGCGGAGAACGAGGAGAAAGAUGGCGCCGCGGCCAAAGCGGAAGACGGUGGACCAGCGAACGAGUCCAUAUACCACGGAGGACUAGGCUUGAAGUUCAAAUUCCCCGGUGAUCCCAAGAAGUUGCGCGAAGCAUCUAAGACUAAGCUGUGGACGAAUUAUCUCCGAGCGCAUGGUCGUAACCUCACUUUGCUACGAUAUCCUCAGUGCACUCGACUGGUGCAGGUAGGUCUCCCAAAUCGGCUACGAGGCGAGAUGUGGGAGACCCUCUCAGGCUCGCUUUACUUGCGAUAUGAGAAUCCGGGCUAUUACGAGCGUCUGCUAGAAGAGAACUCGGGUAGAGUGAACACGAGCACCGAAGAGAUUGAGAAAGAUUUGCACCGCAGUCUUCCCGAGUACUCUGCGUAUCAGUCAGAGGAAGGCAUUGCCUCGCUCCGAAGGGUUCUACAGGCAUACUCCUUCAAGAACCCAGAAACAGGAUAUUGUCAGGCCAUGAACAUCCUGGCUGCGGCAAUCCUAAUUUACAUGUCCGAAGAGCAAGCAUUCUGGCUCCUGGAAGUCAUCUGCGGACGUCUACUGCCUGGAUAUUACAGCCCAUCUAUGCACGGGACAUUACUGGACCAACGUGUGUUCGAGUCGCUUGUCCAACGGUGUCUGCCCAUUAUCCACGACUACUUCCAGCAAGUUGACGUGCAACUCUCGGUCGCAUCGCUGCCGUGGUUUUUGAGUUUAUUCAUAAACAGCAUGCCUAUGGUGUUCGCGUUUAGAAUCAUCGAUUGCUUCUUCUGCAUGGGACCUCGGGUUCUCUUCCAAGUAGGGCUUGCGAUCUUGAAGAUCAAUGGCGAGGAACUGUUGCGAAUCCAAGAUGACGGAGGGUUCAUUCAGCUGAUGCGCCGCUACUUCGCCACGCUGGGAGAUUCAGCUCACCCCAACUCGAGUGAUCCGCGUGCGCGAGCUAUCACCAGGUUCCAAGAGCUCUUGCUGGUAUCGUUCCGCGAGUUCGCAAUCAUCACCGACGACACCAUCCUCACCGAGCGACGCAAAUACCGAUCCGAAAUCAUCAGUAGCAUCGAGUCGUUCUCGAAGCGAUCGGCUAUCCGGAACUUGAGGACUCUGGCCAGGUUUAGCAAGGACCAGGCAGGUUUGAUCUACGACGCGCUCUUCAAGGCCAUCUGUAUCGCACCGCCAACUUCCGUUGCGUUUCCCCCGCCCUCGCUUUUGACGACCAAGGACAAUGCCGAGGAGAGGCCGGAAACCCGGAUUGAGCUGAAGACCUUCAAGGUGUUCCUCAGUGAGAUCUGCACUUGGGCGAGAGACGAGAAGAUCGUCAGGAAUGGCUUCCAGCAAAGAAUAGAUCGAGAAGUAGCUGACCAUGAGCUGAUCGAUCGCUUGUUCUUCUUCUGGGACAUAUCAUACCGAGGAGCGUUGUCUUUCCAGGCAUUGGAUCUUGUGUCCGGCUUGGAUGGUGUUAUGUUCAACGAUCUCAUGGAGAACAUCGAAUGGUUCUUUAAUCUGCAUGACAAGAACAAAGAUGGAUACCUCACUAAGGAUGAGGUUCUCACCUUGUCCGAGUCGCUUUUGUUUAUCUUCCGAUAUGAGAUUGGUGACGCAUACUUGGGAGCUGUCAGUCGAUUUAUGUCCAAUGCUUUUGAGUAUGGCGAUGCUCUGCUGCCAAGACCAGAAGAUGCAAACACUGACGACGAUACACCCCCGCAAAUCGAGUCAAACCAGCCAUAUAUGAACCUGGCGACAUUCCGCAUGGUCGUCUUAGCAGACGAAAUUCUAGAGUCAUUCUUUGAGUCCGACUUCUCAUCAACGUUCCGAUUGCAGCCCGUGCCCCUCGAGCUUCCCUCGUCCAACAGUGGACUGCUCGGCGGACUAUGGCAUAACAUUACUAGCGAUGACAACCGCAAAAUCUUCAACAGCUUUACAGAUCAAAUCGGUAGGACCAUCGGCAAACACCAAGUGUACCACCGCCCUGCCAUUGGGAAGUACACCACCCUGGAGGAGCCGAAGGCUCGCGAGUCACUGCUUACGCCUACUAUGCGCCCAGCGGCCGAGGGCUCCCCCAAAGACCCGUCAAGCCCCUCUUCAACAUCUUCAGUGUCACCUUCGUCUUCAUCGCAGCUCGGCGCUGAACCUUCAGCGACGAUGACACCGUUGACGCCCAUGCCCAGCAUGUUCCAAGCAGCCGCUCAAGCCGCUGCGUAUAUGGAACGGACACCAUUCGCCAUCGAUGAUGCGAAGGAUGAGGACGAAGACACUGAAGAUGAGAGUGGGUUCGAGGAUGAUGGUGUCUUGGACGAGGUCGAUGCUUUCCUGGAGGAACAUGAUACAGGCCUAACAGAGGCCGAGCGGGAGGUGGCAAAAGGUCUGUUGUUGAUUUUGUAG